UAGGGAAAAUGUCAACUGGGGAAAUGAAGAAGACGGAUGGUUUCAAUCUCCAAUGCCAAAAAAUCUACCAUGUUGUCUGUCCGGAUUGGGGACCUGCAAAAGAACAGACGCUGUCCAGGUUAAUGUCACAGUGUUUAGAACAAGCACACCAGGAUGGAGUAUCAUCUAUAGCAUUUCCUGCUCUUGGAACCGGGAACCUGAAAUUUCCCAAAGAUGUUGUGGCUGACGUCAUGUUUAAGGAGGCCUUGCAAUUCAGUGCAAAGAACUCGCAGACCAAAGUCAAGGAGAUUCGAUUUGUUCUUUAUCCUCAAGAUACACAAACUAUCACUGCUUUUAAGAUGAAAUUGUUCGAAGUACAGGGACGGCCCAAAACUGUGCAUUUUCGUCGUCGAAAAGGCAUAACAAUGCAAUUGGAAAAGCCUAACUUUAUGGAGCUGUCUUGUAAUGCAGUAACUGUGCAAGUCAAGCAGGGCAAUGUUAUGGAAGAUACUGUUGAUAUUAUUGUGAAUACUGUUGACCCACAACUCAAUAUGGGGGUGCUUGGGAAGCAUUUGGUAAAAGCUGGAGGUAACGAUAUCAAGAAAGAACUACAAACUAAAAAGAGACAUGCACAGAAUGGGGCGGUUCUAGAUACAACCCCCGGCAAACUUCCUUUUAAGAGAAUUUACCACGUGGUUAUUCCACCAGCCAAUCAGAUUCAUCGAAGCAUUCAGCAGUGCUUACUUUUGGCUGAGAAAUUCGGAUUUUCUUCAAUCGCUUUUCCUGCCAUAGGAACAGGUAAAGCUAACUUGGAUCCAGCGAAUUGUGCCAAAGAGACACUGAGUGGUAUAUUUCAGACCCUCCAGGAAAAUAACAUUGAAAGUUUGAAGAUGAUUUGUGUUACGGUUUACGACCAGGGGCAAAUUCCGAUUUUUAUAGACGAAGCAAGAGCUCAGAGUACAGUUACAGGCAGAACAAGAAAAGGUCGUCGCCAAUCCAUGCGCCAACGCCAAAGCCUUACAGCUUUACAAAGAGUGGUACUUGAUGUAUAUGGAGCCAGCGAUAAAGUUGCCGAAACAGACGAGGACAUUGCAGCUUUUAUUAAACAGAACAUCCAAAAGGAAACCAUUGAGUUGAAGGGACAUACAAUUACACAAGCUGACAUAGCAGAAAUACGAGACCUUGAGGUUGAACGAGGAGUAACAGCCACCAUAGAUACAAAUACGUCAACAAUAUCGAUUGUGGGAUGUCCUGUGGAUGUUUCUCCGACUGUCAGCACUAUCUACAAAAUAAUCCAUAAGAAGAUAGAAGACAGAGCAGAGGAGGACAAAGCUGCAGCACUCCAGCAGAAAAUUCAGUGGUGUUGGUUAGCUGCUAAAGAUCAGAGUAGGGAGCCUUUUGAUAAAAUGACAAACUAUCGUGUGGAAUUGGCUCACAGAGCAAGGGAAGGGUCAGUGGUGUACGAGAUAGAAGGCAGUCCUUGUAAGUUGGAUUUUAGCACUAUGACAGAGACGGAUUGCAGUAAUGACAUUGUUACCCAGGUUAUACGAGAAGUCAAAGAUCCUUCCUUACCUUCUCAUUGGUCACCUCAACCACGUGACAGUGAUAUCCCGCAUGCUGUGCAUCAAGUGAAUAUAAAAGCUGGGGACCAGGAGUUCAACAAAGUGGCCGAGCAGUUCAACGCCGCCUUUGACACUGACGGUGUGCGAAGAAAGAAAAUCGUUCAACUGCUGAGAAUCCAGAACCCACAUUUAUAUAAGCAGUAUAAGACAUACAGUGCUAAACUGGAGCGUGAGAACCAAGGGAUGAACAAUGAGAUGUCACUUUUUCAUGGAACGUCAGAAGCUAAUUGCGAUUACAUAAGCCACCAAGGGUUUAACAGAAGCUUUGGUGGAUUAAACGUUGGCGCCAUCUUUGGAAAAGGGGUAUACUUUGCCAAAAAAGCCACCUAUUCUGCCCAGCCCUGUUACUGCAAGCCUAAUGCAGCCGGGGAGCAGUUUAUGUUCCUGGCCAAGGUACUUGUUGGAUCCUACACAAAGGGACACCGCAAGAUGCUGACUCCUCCCCCUAAAGAUCCUGAUAAACCACUGGAGACAUACAACUCUGUGGUAGACAAUACAAAAACACCGACCAUUUUUGUGAUAUUUUAUGACGCGCAAGCCUAUCCCGAAUAUCUAAUUAAGUUCAAGGCAUAG